CUGGAAUGUUGGCGAAGGAUGGUGACAUGGGCCAGUCGACCAAAGGACAGAAUGGGCGACCGCACCAGCAACCGCGAAGGCAAAGUCCGUCUGGAGCCUGGAUUCAGCCAAGUGCACUGGAUGAUGCUGACCCAGCGCUCGAAAGACAUGACUGGAGGCCACGGCGUUCGGCGCAACAUUCCCCGAGAAGAAAUAGCCCAGCACAACACGGAACAAGAUUGCUGGACUAUCUUGGAUGGGAAAGUGUACAACUUGACUCCGUAUUUGCGCUACCACCCUGGCGGGAUCGGCAAGCUCAUGCUGUCUGCGGGCGGGGACUGCACAACGCUCUUCAAUGAGAGCCACGCGUGGGUCAACGGUCACGGCAUGCUCGAGAAAUGCUUUUUGGGCACGGUGGAAGCUACCCCAAGCACAACCGCGGCAUCGAAAGACUCGACCGUCCUUCUCAGUUCCGUGGAGUACCGGCCGCUGCGCCUCCUGGCAGUUCGCGACGUGAGUGCCAUGACCAAAUUGUUUCAGUUUGAACUACCUCGCAACAAGACCCUGGGCUUAACGAUGCCAGGACAACACGUGAAGUUUCGUGUGACGAUCCAAGGCAAGUUUUACGAGCGUGCGUUCACGCCAGUGUCCCCGAUCACCCAAAAGCACACUGUCGACUUUCUCAUCAAAGUCUACCCGGAUGGAAUCGUGACGUCGCAUUUAGCUGCGUUGCCUGUGGGCAGCGACGUGGCCAUGAUUGGGCCGCAAGGGUCGUUUGGGUACACUGGCGUCGGCGAGGUGACUGUGUCUCCGUCGGUGACCCACCCAGCGACAGAUAUAGCGAUGGUGGCCGCCGGGAGUGGCAUCACCCCCAUGCUGGCUGUGAUCAAGGCGGUCCUGCAAGGGAGGGUGUUCGACGCGACCAAGCUCACGUUGAUCUACUGCAAUCGGUCGCGAGACCACGUGAUUGCCAAGGCAUCACUUGCGCCGCUGCACAGCAUGUUCCCGACGCGCUUUCGCUGGCUCAACGUCUUGACGACGCACGACGAAAAUGCCAAGGAAGAUCCCGACGUGAAGCCAUUCUGCAUCGGGCGGCUCUCCCGCGACAUCCUCGAGGAGCACUUGCCGCCCCCGUCGGAUCAAGUAUUUGUCCUCCAUUGCGGCACGCCAUCGUUUGAUGAGUUCGUCGCGAGUGAGCUGCGCGCGCUUGGAUAUCCCUUGAUUCACCAGUUCUAGACUGGUGGUCGUUCCAUGAACAUGCUGAAAACCAGCUACGGGCUUCUCACAUGAUGGUCAAGGGGUGCACGGGGAACGGAUUUGUCAGGGGUUUGAUGUCCUAUUUUGAAGCGAGUUGGGUCCAUCAUGAUCUGCAUGAAGACUCUUCCCGUAAGUGGAGGACGAAGGACUGUAUCGUCGCGGUGGCGUUCUCCAUGGCAUGGCCUCUUCCAGAAUUUGAGGAAUGAUUUGAUUGGACAUGAGACACAUUCGUGAGGCUCUCUGAUUGGAUGAUUGGGGGUAAACCUCUAAGAGUUGAUCUCCGACUGAUAUAUACAGUUAUGCAGUGUACCAUCGAAACACUGCGGGUGGGC